AUGGCCAUUCAAUAUCUCAUUCUCCUAUCCCGUCAGGGCAAAGUGCGUCUUGCCAAAUGGUUCACAACACUCUCCCCCAAGGACAAGGCCAAGAUCGUCAAGGAUGUAUCUCAGCUUGUGCUCGCUCGAAGAACGCGCAUGUGCAACUUUCUAGAAUAUAAGGAUACAAAGAUUGUCUAUCGCCGAUAUGCAUCACUCUUCUUCAUCGCUGGAUGCUCCUCCGAAGAUAACGAGCUGAUCACCCUCGAAAUUAUCCACCGAUAUGUCGAGCAGAUGGACAAGUACUACGGCAACGUUUGCGAGCUUGACAUCAUCUUCUCUUUCACCAAGGCAUACUAUAUCCUUGACGAAAUCCUCCUCGCCGGCGAGCUGCAGGAAACGAGCAAAAAGAAUGUUCUUCGCUGCAUCGGCCAGCAGGACUCCCUUGAAGAUAUGGAGUCAGUCGCAUCACGCAUUUACGGCCCAGCGCAUCAACACCGCGACAUUCCCACCACAGAAUCGACCUCAAAGUGCCCUUCAGCUUCCAAGAUGAAGUAUCUACCAGUACAAGACUUCGAAGCGGUGACGAGCGCGCUGAACUUCAACACACCCGACUGUAGCGUGACCGGCGGAUGCGAUCUCUACACAACGAAAUCAACAGGCUCUGACAAGAAGCUCUACAAGAACAUCGACAACGAUCUGAACUCGCAACAUGAAGCCCUUCUCAAGCUCGGCGCCAGCCUAUCACCGCCUGAGCGCGCUCACAUGCUUGCUACUUCACCGAGCAUGCAGCUGUUUUCACACUCAAGUGCUUUCGGCCCCUUGUCUGAGCUCUCGAGUCGCAAGACAUUUGCAUACCUCAUCGCGACGCUGAAUGCGAGUCACCCUCACUACGAUUUCUCUCAUGUCCUUCGACCUAACGACUUCAAACGCGAGCGAAACCUGCGUCGCGUCAUGGUGAACCUCGAUUCAAUUCUUCAAAACGUAAGACCUAACUUCGAGCCCAAAUCUCUCGGUUCCUCGCUAGGCAGUGAGACAACCUCGAUAUGGGGCCCCCAAUGCUGGUCAUUGAUCGACAAGGAGAUGCACCUCAACGAGUGUACUAUUUUCAGCUACAACCCCGAGAGCGACCCCUUUGAAGAAGACGAGAGUGCAAUCUGGGCUUCACACUACUUCUUCUUCAACCGCACCUUGAAAAGAGUGGCAUAUCUUUACGUCCGCGUUGUGCCAGUUAUCUCGUCUCAUAGCCCAACUCUCCGACCCACAAAUCUGGCCAGGAACCACAGCAAUCAACGGGAUCUCGCAUCAGCUGGUGCGCAGAAACGCGCCAACUACUGGCUUGGUGAUCAAGACGCCGAGUUAGUGCCAUAUAAUGAGGACGACGAGGAGCUCAUUGACGACGGUCUUUUUUGGAAUCGUGGAGAGAACGGAGAUCUCGUUGCCUAUUCAGAUGAAGACUUCGACGAGGAUAUCGAGGAUAUGGACAUGCUCGAUAGCAGUCCUGACAGGUCCAUGAGCGAUGAUGUCGCCGGCCGUAUGGAGAUCUAG